CAGCAGCAGCGACGACAGGGAGGGCAGGGCGCGCGUUGAAGCGGCACGUAGAGCGGCUCGCCCUCGUUGUCAGCCGGGCAGCGCCUGACAGUCUCGUUGCGAGGACGUUAUUAAAAAGGGGGUGGGAGUGUGAGUUUGUAGGGGGUGGGAGAAAGAGAGAAGCCUUCGCCAGCUGCAGCUGAAACAGCGAACGGGGAGGCGAGGAGGCUGCCGCGCGUCUUCCCAGCCUCCCUCCCAGCCUGUCCGCCCGGUCCAUGGAGCCCAGCUAAGGCAGCGCCGGCAGAGAGGACAGCGAGGACAGAGGAGCCAUGGAGCCAGCUUUUGAGGAUUGCUGUUAAAGAAAGAGAAACAUUGGCAGGUGAGAAGAUGGUAUUGCUUGUAGUGGUCAUGGUGUAAGUACCGUCCCCUUCAUAACGCCACAAUUUUAAAAUACGAAUUGAGAAAUCUUUGGCCAAACAUCGUAUUAGAUUAUAUUUGGUGCAACAAAGUGCAUUGGGGACAAAGAAGCAACGGCUGCAUUGUCAGGUUGGAAUUGAAUGCAACACUCUCAGGCUGCAGUCAGACAGAGGUUAGGGGUGCUUAAGCCCAUUGACAUCAAUACCUGCCAAUUGCGGCAUUAGGUUUUCUGUCUGAUUGAGAAGCUAUUGCGGAGAUUAUAACUGGGGCUAUUAUUUUCUCAUUGAACCGUUUCUAGUUCUCCAAAAAAACAUGUUUCUCUUUGAAAAUCCUCACUGAUAAAGGUGCCUGGAAUUCAUUUUUAGUGUUCCGUUUCAGUUGAAACGUCCAAAGCCACUGCCACGUUGACAAUACGGCAUUAAUGUUUUAAUGCAGAGAGGUGAGGAGGGCAAUUCAUGCAUUUAGCACCCCGUGUGGGGUCAGAGUUGGCAGCUAUUGCUAAGGCACCACUGCUCAAUAGCAUGCAUGUUAAGGGCUCAUCUGCCUUUGUCAGAGUAUAUAGCCUUAAAAUUUGUCAGUGUUUAUAGGAUUAGGUUUGGAACUGUUUGUCCUGGGUUUUCACAAAUACGGGUUUGUUUUUGUUUGCCUCGCAGUUAGCCAGAGUAACCAUUAACAUGACUAAGCUGUGUUGCCAGUAAGAAUAUAAGAAAAAAAGAAAACGAACAGCCUGAAAUUAUCCAGUUACCUAGUUGUUGUUGUUUUUUAAAAAAUAAAAUGUUCUUUCCCAUCAUGAGAAGAUAAGAUACAGUUUUCCAUGGAGCAUUUUUUCUCAUCAACAUUUCAUCAUAGUGUUAUUCUGUGGAGUACAGAAAAUAAAAUGAGUGGGUGGGAACAAAAUAAAAGAGGGGAGAGAGAAAAGUCUAUUAACAAUGAAGCAGCUGGACUAGAACCUGGGAGGCCCAGGGUUCAAAUCCACACUUAGUCGUGAAGCUCCCUGGGUGACCUUCAGCCAGUCACCUACUCUCAGCACAGGGGUUGUGAGGAUAAAGUGGGGGGAGGGGGAGGACCCUGUACCCUACUUUGGAGAAAAGAUGCAAUAUACAGUACAUGUAAUCAUAAAUAAAAUGUAGAAUAAAUCACAAAAAGGGCACUAGGAGAAGGGGACGACAGAGGACAAGAUGGUUGGACAGUGUUCUCGAAGCUACGAACAUGAGUUUGACCAAACUGCGGGAGGCAGUGCAAGACAGGAGUGCCUGGCGUGCUAUGGUCCAUGGGGUCACGAAGAGUCGGACACGACUAAACGACUAAACAACAACAAAUCACAAAAAAGAAUAAAACGAAUAACAGAGACCUACUUAAUGCAGAAUGGUGGCAAACGCCAUAAGCAGUUCCUUAGUAUUAUAAGUAGAAUACUUAUACACAAAACCAAGAUGGUUGUUUCAUUGGUCAAAACAACAACACCACCACAUUAUAGUUGUUCAAAAUAACUGUAGACAAGUGGUGGGCAGAAGUUGAAUUGGGAUCUACUUUAAAUAGAUCUAUGCAUUUUGUUGUUGCUUUUUAUUAUUAUACAUUGUUUUUUUCUUGCUAUUGGCCUGAUUUUUUUUUUCUGUUGCUACUUCUAUAGAAUAGCACUACAAAUUUUUUUUGAUUGAUUAGGGUUGUAGCCUGCCACGCUUCAAGGAUUUGGGAGCAGAUUAAGAGUGUGUUGAGAUAAUGGUGGUAAGGAAGAUUUCGUCCCAAAUGGUAUAAAAUCUAAAGGGCAGAUGGGAACAGAAUAUAAAGAUGCAAGAUUCUUAGGAAAUAAGUGAUACAUUUAUAUGACUCCUUGGGCUCUAAAGUUCUGCAUUAAGAAGCAUCCUUUUAAGUUAAGAGACAUCUGACAAUACUAGUAUCUGUGAGGGUGGAGAAGCUUUCGCAGCAAAAGUGAUUUGUGCUUGGUGCCUUGAGGGUGGGCAGAAUGUUCUCGACAUUGUGCUAAACCACUCCUGGUUUACAAAGAGUGCUUCUCUAUCCCCCCCUCUCCCCCCCCCCCCGACAUCUGCGCAGUUAAGAUUAGGCUGUCAGAGUACAUCUAAAUCAGCUUUGAUUUUAAUUCUGUGUGUCUUUCUUAAUACAGAUUUCUAUUUCCGUCAUUGUAUAGUGCAGAAGAACUAGUUCCUUUUAAAAUAUGGCUCUGAUUAAAAGCUCACAAAGUGGGGUGUGUGGUUGUGUGUGCAUGUGCAGGGCUUUGUGGUACUGCUUCAAUACAAUCUAUGGACCUAUCACAAAUGGUAUGUUUGCAUUGGCUGGCUUUAAGAGUUUGCAAGGCAGAAAGUAUUUGAUUCUUUCAGUUGCACUGAAGCUUUCCAAGUCCAAGCCAGCAUCGUUUUUAUCAUGAGUUAUUUUUAGGGCACCUCAAUUUGGGGAUCUUGUUGAGUGUAAACAGUGCAGCUGCUUCCCUGUGUCACAUGACGCCACUGCAUGAAGCUUUGUUUAAAAGUAUGAAAUGAACAGCCUGAAUUCUUGCUCUGCUUCUAGCGGUUUUUUUUUUCCUGUAGUAGCUUCAGUCCUUAAAUUAUCUUUGUUUAUGGCUAUCUUUAAGCUCCCCAGGACUCUUCAAGUAACACUCAAGAGAUGAACGUUCUGUAUAUGCAUAUAUUCUAUACACACAUAUGCCCAGGAUACAGAACCAUAGGGCUGCUUGUCCCCAAAGGGUGGAAGCACUUAAUGUUCCAUUUUUGUGACAGGUGGUCUUAGAAAGAGAGAAAGAAAGAAAGAAAGAGAAAGUUGCAGUUAUUAUUUUAAGCAAGCGAUUUAUACCGUGCUUAAAACAUCUCUCUCUUUUGCAGGCUGGUAGUGUUCAUGUGGAUGUUUUGGGCUGCCCAGAGAUUAAUUGGAUGCCCGUGACAGCUAUGUAAACUACAGUUCUGCAAACCCUCGGAAAUCCUGCAAGAUGGAGGAACUAUAUAAGGACACGCAAAACCUGCCCAUGGAUGUUACCACCUCGCCCUCGGCUAUGGCAAACAACAAGCUAGAGAAUGGAGUUGCCCAGCUGAUAACGGCAGAAGCCUGGAAUAUCAAUUCAGCAGACUUGAUGAAGAAAGCCCUUUCGCCGCUGGUAACUGUCCCCGCUCCGUCAAUAUUGACACCGCCGGCAGAAUCCCAGAGCGGGGUCGCUCUCAAGGUAGCUGCCACGGUGCUUCAGCCCAUUUGCUUAGGAGACAGCCCUGUGGUUCUCCCAAUACACCUCCAAGUAGCAGGAAGCACAGCCCCUCAGAUUGCUCCGAACGGCAACACUCCCUACGUCAUGACCACUCAAGGCCCAGUGCCCCUGCCUGUCCUCUUAGAGCAACAUGUGUUCCAACAUUUAAACUCCCCACUGGUGUUACCGCAGAGUUCUCCCUGUGCAGCCAACUCCAUUCACAGCAACCUCUUCCAGGGCUCUUCCGCUCCGCUGGGACAGCCGCAACUGUUGGAUCAGAAACCAUCAAAUACAGCUCAGGAGUCUGUCUUACCUCCUGUGUUUCAGACCCCGGGAUUUGCUGCCGUUUUGCAGGAUCUCUUCCCCACACAAGGCGCCUUAGGUCCUUCGCCCUAUCAGCCACCCCCAGACUGCUCUUCUGUCCCUCCGCCACAGCCCUUUGGCUCCCCGUUGUCUCCACUGGUUCCGCCAGCCACACUCUUGGUACCGUACCCCGUGAUCGUUCCUCUGCCAGUCCCAGUUCCUAUUCCUAUCCCCAUCCCCAUCCCCGUGCCCCAUAGUGCUGAGUCUAAGGCCAACAUGGACUACCCGAAACCAGCUGCUUCGUUCGUCUUGCAUUCCUGCAAAGGUACCCAAACUCCCUUGGAGAAAGAAGAAACCAAACCAUUCGAUUUCAUCCACCACAGAGAGCUUUCCCAGCUGAACCGGCACACUGUCAUCAAGAUGAGUAAUGAGAAUGAGGUCCUCGAUCUGUCCAUGAAAACAGCCCCUUUGCUUAAGGAAGGCGAGGACAAUUCCCAGCUCUCACUGGAGGGAGGCGCUUUGGACCUCUCAAUUACUUCCUGUCGGAAGGCUAGCAACAUCGAAGCAAGCAAUAACGGCACCCGCUCUGGAUCCGCGAUGGAUGGCGCUUCUCAUUCUGCAGCGGAUAAGCUUUCCGGCGCAGUUUUGCCCUUUGCUUCUUCCAAGCUGCAGGAAGCUCUAGCAAAGGUGGAAAGCAGAGUGAUCAGUAGCGGCUCAUCUGAACUCCUGAGACAGCAGCCCAAAUGGCUGGUGGACCAGACCAGUAUAGCACCCUGCGAGCCGCCCACUGGCAAUAACAUUGAGAUUGUGAGCACAUCGCAGACGGCCAAAGUGAUCGUCUCUGUCAAAGAUGCGGUGCCUACCAUUUUCUGCGGCAAGAUUAAGGGCCUCUCGGGGGUUUCGACAAAAAACUUUUCCUUCAAAAGGGACAUGCCCCAGGACUCGGCGUUGCAGUGUUACGACGUGAAGAACCAGCCGGAAGCCCGGGAUAAUGCAGAGGCUCUUAGGAAACCUAUAAAAAACAGGAGUGUCAAGUUAAAGAAAAUGAGCUCACAGGAAAUACACAUUCUUCCAAUCAAAAAGCAGCGGCUUGCAGCCUUUUUUCCAAGAAAGUAAUUUAUGAGGUUUUUAGAAUGUUUUAAGGUAUAAUUAUUAUAAAUAAAGAGAUGCACUUCAUUUUAAAUUGCAUUAAAAUGUUAAGCUAUCUUUUAAGUUAUUUCGAGGCAGAGGACUGUG